AUGCAUAAUUAUAGAUCUAUACAUCAAUUUCAUAAUGUUGACUAUAAGAAUUUCAGAAUAUCAAUAACUAUCAUUAAAUAUAUGAUUGUUGCAAUAUCCAUAAUUUCCUUAAUCAUGAAAUAUCUUAUAAUUUUCAGGUACUUAAAACCACUUGUCUGUGGUAACACCGAGGAGGACCAAGCCCUGGGAGCUAAAAUGGUGUACCUCUCCAAGCAAGUGAAUUCUCUCCAGCACCAUGUGGAAGAAAACAAGCUUGAUCGGCGUACAGUUUGCUGGAGGGAAGUAGAUGACCUGACUGACUUCCCCUGCCUGGAUGAGGAACAGCUCCGACUUCUCACUUGUGGUACCUAUCAGUUGCGUCUAUCACCGUCAUACGCUCAGGAGCAUGUUGAGGGGGACUGCAACAUCCAAGUUCACAGGGAGGAUCCAGGUCUUCUACGCAUAAAGCUACAAAGCAGGCAUGUCUCAUCAAGGACCUACUUAUUGUGGAUACAGUACGAUAUAGGUGAAAUAAAAGCUUGGUACUGUAAGUGCAGAGCUGGUGCACGUGUUGUAGGGAUGUGUUCUCAUGUCGCUGCUAUCCUGUGGUAUCUAGGGUAUGCUCGCCAUCACAGGGAAGAAAGAAUGGGUGUUCGAGACUGGGGGGAGUUUGUCGAUGAUGCCACACUAAUUGAUGAUUCUGAUAGUUCCAGCAACAGUGAUGAAAGUGGACCAGAGGAGUAACAUUUUCAAUUUAAGUAUUGUAUGUAAUACUGUAUAUGUAUUAUCUGUACCAAUGCAUUUGUAUAAUUCACAUGAUUUAAACUCAAGUAAUUCUUCAGUAAUUAAAAAUUAUGUUUGUUAAUUACAAAUACAUCAACUCAUAGCAUGCACACAAUGAUUUUUAACAUGUAGUUUUAUUCCUAGAAAUCUGUAGAAUAUGGAAACUUGUGCUAGACAAUAGAUUUAUAACCUUUCUUUACCAGUGAUGCAUUUGUUGACAAUGAACAGGGUAUUUGAUUUUAGCAGAAUAAAUACUUAUUAUAUACUACUACUAUUAUUAUUAUGAUACUUAACUGGUACAUGAACAAACAUGAUUUCUAAGUGUUAUUUUCUGUAUAGAUCUACAUGGUACUUCUAUUGUUGGGAAGAUUCAUCUAAAUAUUAUGUAACAGGAAAAUAUAUUUUAUAAAAGCAACACCUGUAAAUACAGUAAUAUGUGUUUUAGCAGUGUUUUGUCUGUCUUAAUGUUCACUUGUAAGUUGUACAUAUGUAUUACUCUUGAUUUUGAGUCAAUCCUGAGGACACUUUGAUUGUUUAUUAUUCAAACUGUUAUGAAAAUAUACCAAUUUAGAUUAUUUCUCAUUCUGUAGCAUUUACAAGCAUGUAUAUACACAUGUAAAAUGCAAUAUAUUAUAAUCCAAACAUUUAAAAACUACAUAGAUUUAGGAUGUCAAAGAUGUAUAUAUAUUCUAUUUCAAAUAUGUAUCUAAAUCUAAUUUUGUGAAAUUGAUUUUAAAAAAAAUCUAUAUUAAUGAUUUUUAGACCACAUAAUUUACGUUCUGUCAGUCAAAAAUGUACAGUAUUGCAUAAACAUAUAAAAAUGUUGAUUAAAAUACGUCAGUAUCUUUAGAUGAUUAAUACGUAUAGGAAUAUACAAUUAUUGAUAAAGAUAUAUACAGUAAGAUUUUCUACAGUAUCAUUUUUCAUAUCGUAUUUCAGAAUCAAAUAAUAAUAUACUCAUUUUGACCCC